CAGGCUGGCUAUAAAAGGCUGGAGCAGCGGCAGGAUGGAGUACGUGACGUCUCCGCUCUCUACUCACGACAUUCCUGGCACCCCUCAUUCCGUUCACAUCCUGCUGGAAGGUUACUGCAGGGACGUGGGUGCCGAUCGUUUCCAGGCCGAUGGCUCUGUCACCCUCAUCCGCGGCCCUCUGACUGUACUGGUGGACACUGCCGGCCCUUGGUCCCGGGAUUUCAUCCUUGAUUCCUUGAGGAGCCGCGGGGUCUCCCCAGAGGACGUGACGCAUGUGAUUUGCACGCACGGACACUCCGAUCACGCGGGCAACCUGAAUCUGUUCUCCAACGCUGAGAUCCUGGUGUCUUAUGAUCUGUGGCGUGACGGGUCCUAUGUGUCCCACAACUUUCGGGGUGGAGAACCCUACUUCUUACCUGGGGGAGAAGGCUUGAAGGUGAUUCCAACCCCAGGUCACACAGGAAGCGACAUCACUCUCCUGGUCCCUGGGACAACGCUUGGCAUGGUGGCGGUUGCCGGGGACGUGUUUGAAAGAGAAGGCGAUGAGGACAGCUGGAGGGAACUUAGUGAAAACCCAGAAAUUCAGGAGAAGAGUCGGAGCACCGUUUUGAGGUUGGCAGAUGUUAUUGUGCCAGGACAUGGUCCUCCGUUCAGGGUCAUCCGCGCUGGCCAGGAUCCUGAGACAUCCUGAACAUCAUCAGUCUGUGUGGGAUUAGAAAAGCUUUCAGUGAAGUUCCUUUAAUCCAGCAGGUGAUAAUCCAGAAGAAGGUGCAGAUUGGGGGUCUCCGAGGUUCUCUGCCCUUAUCAUAAGGUUUAAUCUGCUUCUUUUUUUUUUUUCUAACUAUCCAAUAAUCUAGAAUAUUUCAUCCCCUGGCAUCUUUCAGGUCCCACUCAUGCUGGAUGAAAGGAAUUUUACUGUAUUGUACAACCUCUGCGCUACAUAGUCACAUUUUAUGUAGUGGUUAAGCUCCCAAAAAUGGGGAUAAAGCUCCUGAUCUGGUGUGAAACCUGUCAUUGUGCCGAGAACCAGUGACAUCAUCGAGGUGCUAACAACACUGGACCCUUAAAGGGCAUCUGUCAGCAGAUUUGUCCCUCUGACACUGGCUGACCCGUCACUCGUGGGCUCGGCUCUCUCUGCAACUGUCACGCCCUAUGUACUUCAUUGACAGGAGCAGGCAUGAUGACGUUUACCCUGCCUGGUCCUGUCAAGGCAGAGAGGACGCGGCAGUUGCAGAGUCUCUAGGUGUAUCGACAGCGCCCCGGCUGCUCCUAAAGGGAGUUUGGAAUUGAUAGGUCCUCAUAUUUUAUUGCUUAUGGUCAAUUAUUUUUAUUAUUGUCAGUUUCUGGUGAACAUUAUGGGAUUUAUAUCCCUGUGUUAUGAGGUAAAUAUUGAGA